AGAGAGGGAGGGACUGAUUGGGCCAGAGAGGCAGGAGAGGAGGAGGAAGCCAACAGAAACCGAAGAUGACUGCGUGAAGCAAAAUGGAUCCAACCAAGCCCAGCCCGUCCCUGAUAAGGUCAUAUAAAAACAACGGCGAACUGGAGUCGGUAAUGAAAGAGAUGGUGCAGCGACGAGACAGCUUGAACGGAGAGAAGCAAAAGGAUGCAGAAACCCGAGAGAUGGAGGUUGUUGAUGGGCUGAUCACACCUGCAGACUUAAUCCCCCGCAGGGGAUCUGCAGACAAAAACAAGUACAGCACGAUAGGCUACCAGAGGAGAACAAAGCAAAAGGUCGUGACUGACUUUGCGACUCUGAGUAAAGGAUCCUCUUCAGGAGCCAAAUCCAGAACGCCGCUGAAGCAGGUCUUUAGCGGCGUGGUCAGCCAGGGAGUGUCUGAGAAAACGUCUGAGGAGCGAAGUCAGCUGGACAUCUUAACCAAAGUUUUGGAGGCCUUUGUUGUUCCUGCCAGCCUGAGAUGGAUCUGGGAGGAGGAAAGCCAGGGAACAGUUUUGGAGAACAGCUGGACAGAUUUGGUGAAGUCUCACUCAACGAUGGCAAAGAAGCAGAGGCACCAACAGGCGGCGCUCUGGGAGUUUGUGCAGACGGAGCUGAGCUACAUCAACAAGCUGAAGAUCAUCGAAGACCUGGUUAGUGCCGCUCUGGUCAACCUGCACCAGCAUGACUUUCUUCCGGAGGUGACCCCUGACCUGCUUUUCUCCAACCUGCCCGCCAUCCUGCAAGCUCACCAGCUGUUCUGGCAGGAGGUGGUUUAUCCCAUGCUUCAGGAAGUACGGAGAACGGGCAAGCCGUUUGACCCCAUGCACCUGGAGGCUGGUUGUCAGCAGUUCCACCAGCGCUUCUCUGCCUACCAUCAUUACUGCUGGGAGGAAGAAAACAACCUGGAGUUCACACGCAGGCAGAUGGAGAGCAACCCACAUUUUGUUGCUUUUGUGCAGUGGGUGGAAAGACAUCCUCAGUGUGAGCGGAUGCGGCUUGGAGACAUGCAGGCCAAACCCCAUCAGAGGAUCACAAAGUAUCCCCUGCUGCUCAAAGCCGUGCUCAAAGAAACCGAGGAGCCUCUCGUGCAGGAUGCCCUCAAAAAGAUGUUAGCCAUAGUGAACAGAUUUUUAGAAAGCAUCAAUAACUACAUGAAGCUGAAAGAUGAGCAGCUGGCGCUCUCCAUCUCUGCGCAGAGGGUGGAGGGAUACGAGGUGGAAGGAAUAAAUGAGGAAAUCGAUAAGUUUGUUCGGGACAACUCGCGGUUUGACCUGACGUGCCCCAUCAGAGGAGUGGGUCGCAACGUUGUACGGAAGCUGCUGCUGGAGGAGAACCUGAAGCUGCGAGGCAGAAAGGACAGCAAGGUGGAAGUGGUGGCUCUACUGUUUUCAGAUGUUCUCCUUCUGACGAAAGUGCAGAAAAAAGCGGAGCGACUAAAAGUGGUCCGGCCUCCUCUGGCGCUGGACCGAAUUUUCUGCGAUCAACUCAAAGAUGGCUGCUCCUUUGUUCUGGGGGAGGUCGGUGAGCUUCAGUGCAUGAUGAAUGUUCUCAUCCUUGUGAGCAGUACUCCAGACAGUUGCUCCAAAUGGGUCAAUGCCAUCCAGGGGUCAAAGAGUACACUGUUGAGCCAGAGAAGGGAUGAGGACAACAGACUGGACAACGUGAAGUUAUAUCAGCAUGAGACCAAACCUGCUGCAGACUACAAAAAUUAUGACACAGAGACAGAAGAACCGCCUUCUAUCCAGUUAAAGCCAAAAAGCUUUAUGGAUGAACUCACCGAUAAAAUACAUAAACAACAGACCGUUAAUGGAUCUGAGGAAGCACCCCCUGCAUCAGAUCCGAUGUCCCCUAACAACUCUGCAUUACCUUCUUGGAAGCUCAAGCAGGGCAGCAACACUCUUAAACCAAUUCGUGCCAACGUCCCGAUUCGACAGCCAGUUUUAAGAGGCAACGAGUGGAUAGAAAUGGGAAUAAGGAGAGAACAAGGUGGGAAACCAUUGGAGGAAGAUGAGAAAAUUGUUGAGACCCAGAUGACAAACAUACAAAGUGCAAUGUGGAAAAACAGGGGACUGUAUACUUCUAAACUUGAUCAUUUCACCCAAAAUGAAAUUGCAGGUCCAGGAAGAUACAACCUGCUUAGACCACCCAGUCGUCUAAUAGAGGAACUGCCAGAUGUCGACUACCCGAUGGACGAGGAGAUGAAUUCACCAGUUCCUCACGAGCCAGUAAUCAUGUCCAGGCAGCAGUUUGUAAGACCAGCGGUAGAAAAACCAAUAUUAACAAGGAGCAACUCAGAUAAUCAGCUUGUGAUUCAGGAGGCCCGGAAAAACUCUUUCUCCAGUCAGUUUGGAGAUACAGAAACUCCUCCUGAAGAUGGAGGCUUUCCCCAAAACCUAAAGUCCCCCGGCUUACGGAGGAGGAGGCCAGGCAGCUCUAGUCAGGGACCACCAACUCCAACAUCCAAGCAGCUCCUCCAGGAGCAGCCGCAAACUCUGGCUGCUCCAAACAUUUAUAUGAAUUCAGACUCUGAGUGCAACUCCCACCCAAAGAGGAACUUCCUUCCCUCGCGGUUUGGCUUAGACACCCAACGGGGGCUCCACCCGGGCUCCAGGAGGCCAACCAAAGCUAAGACUCCAAGUCCGUACCCGAAGUACUCUUCGGAUGUUGAGGCAUUUUCAGAGUCUGAGCUGCCAGGAACCAAAACCCAGAACAAAAAGCCCAAAUUUAGAGACUACAGGAGUUCCUCCAGUCCCAACAUGCUCAACAGAGAAGUGCAGGGUCCCCGUAAAGCCUUGGAUCACCCACACACGUCAUACAAGGAAGAGGAAGGUCCAAGCUCCAGAUACAGCCCAACUGAACAUGCCUCCCGGGUGGAGGGGGUUUUGGAAAGAGCCAAAGAAAGGGCGAAAGAAAAAGCAGGAACAAAAAGAGACAGACAGCUGAAAACAGCCACUCUAAAGUCAAGGUACCUGCGUCCCUCCUCCCCGUUUAACAAGGCCCCCUCGCCCACGCCCAGUGAGGGAGGUAAUGAGACGGAUUUGGAGGAGGUGGCGCUGACCAGACCAAGAACCCUCACCGUGAGCACAGGGUGGAAGGAGCAACUGGUGGACGGCGAUGAGAGCAGCAGUAACACCGUUUUGGAUGGCGUAAACGUAGACUGGACGGGCUGGUGCUUCGAUGACGAUGAAGUGAUGGAUCACCUGGAGCCCAGCAGGGAAGGACUCCUGGAGGGAAUCAGCCGAUCUCUGGCGGGCUUGGGUUUCAACGAAGGUGCCGAGCAUGACGACGGAGAAUGCAGUCAGGUGUAAAUCUCUAACAUGACCUUCAGCGAGCAGAUCUGAUGUCAACCUUUUAGUUUAGUCAGCUCAAGAACUGGCAUCAAGCGUAAGAUUUUUAGGGAAAGCUAAAGCAAAAAUGGCGGGAAUGCAGAAUAUUAAAAUAUUAUGUUGUUAUCGUUGCACAAAGUAGAUGCAGAAGACGUUUCUUCAGUUAUCUACGUUAAUGAGCGAACGUUAAUUUGUAAAAUAUUGUAAUAUAUUCAGAAUCAUGAAUAUACUGUAUAUGUUACCCUUUUUUUAUUUUGAUUAAAUAU